UUCUGGGGCCGGCCUCUGGCACAGCGCUCCUGCUGCCGCUGCUGCUCCUGCCGCCGUCCUCCGCGCUCGGGGCUGCUCGCCGCCCCACCGAGCGAAGCCAUGCUCGGCAAGGACUAUAUGCUGGCCAUCAUCCUGGUCAACUGCGACGACAACCUAUGGAACGACCAGAAUCUGGAGGCAGAUCUUGAUCUUCCCCCAGGAUGGAGGAAAAUCCACGACUCCUCUGGGACCUACUACUGGCAUGUGCCCACGGGCACCACCCAGUGGCAACACCCAUCUUGCCCCUCUGGUUUAGCGCACACUGGGGAAGCUGCAUUGCCAGAAACGGAUCUUCAGGUUGCAGCAGUAAGACAUCUGCCAAGGGAGAGACCUAUCCCAAGUCCGAUGGCAUCGCUGCCCAGAAGGACAUCAGUGAGCUGGCAUGGGGAGGAGCAUCACCAGGGCAACCCAGAGCUUGGCUCCAAGUGCUUCGUUGUGCGUUCGUUGGGCUGGGUAGAAAUCCCUGAGGAGGACUUGGCUCCUGGCAAAAGCAGCAUUGCCGUGAAUAACUGCAUCCAGCAGCUCUCCCAGAACAAGUGUGACGACUGGGACCCUGCGGACAGGUGGGGCGAGGGCCAAAACAUGGUGAUGAUCCUGAAGAAGGACACAAUGAGUUUAGUGGAUCCUUUGGACCAGAGCCUCAUCCACUCCCAACCCAUCAUCAACAUCCGUGUCUGGGGUGUGGGAUGCAACCACGGCAGGGACAGGGAUUUUGCUUUCGUGGCCAGUGACAAGGACACGUGUAUGCUGAAGUGCCACGUCUUCCACUGCAAUGUGCCUGCCAAGGCCAUUGCCAAGGCCCUGCAUGAAAUGUGCUCCAAGAUCAUGGCUGAGCGAGCCGUGGCAAGUAGCAGCCUCAGCCGAUCUGUUACCUUUGAACCUGUCACUCCAGAUGACGUCUCUCUACAAGUUGACAUUCUGGAUGCCGUGGGAGAGUCUGUCCGGAAAUAUGAAGCUUUGUAUAUUGGCACCUCACCAGUGUCCAAGGCCAUGGGGAUGGAUAUGCUAAAUACUGCCAUCGAAGACCUGGUGAGCAGCCAUGGCCGUGACCAGUGGACUCCAUCUGUUGUCAGUGUUUCAGACUCAGUGAUGCAAGCAGACCAAGCUGAGGCUGAGGAUGAGGACGGCUCUUGCCUGUGGGAAUGUCAGGUCCGCUACGUGACUUUUAUUGGGAUUGGGAAAGACGCCCACACCUUCGCACUCAUUACUGACAUGGGCCAACAACGUUUCCAGUGCACAGCUUUUUGGUGUGAGCCAGAUGCCGGCACCAUCUCAGAAGCGGUGCAGGCCGCAUGCAUGGUCCAGUAUCAGAAGUGCUUAGUGGCUUCUACAUCGCGAAUGAGACCAAAGAGUGGCUCACGCUCCAUCCUGAAGAUGAAAAGGACAGUGUCAGUCGACUCGCCAGUCUGUUCCUUUCCUGUCACAGGGCACUCCCUGCAGAAAAAUGGCAGCGCGGCCACUACACGCAAGAGGGGUUUAUUCUCAUUCUUCGAAGCAUUUCGCCAAAAACAUUCCAUACUACACACCCCUUAGCCCAAAAUAUAUGGUGUGAGACAGGGAUGGUGGGCCCCUCGUGAUACUUAACAGUGGCCUUCCUUUGAUAUCCAGGUUCAGAAUGUAAAUAGCGUACUUUUGUCUGUUGACUCUUUCAUUGAAUCUAAGAGCCAACAGAUCCAAGCAAAUCUGGCCCCUGAGAGAGGUCUGUGGCUGAUUCUAGACAUGUUAUGCAUAGUUUUGCUAGUCCUUUGCCAUGUAGAUGCUUUGAGAAGGAGGCAAUGUUGUUUUCAGCGGGAAGAAUAAACAAAGCUGCACCUGAAUGUUCCGACAAUGUUCCCUGGCAUGUGGAGUAGGCAGCAUCCAAUGCACCACACAGGCUUAAAACGUUGUUCCUGCUUGCCCAGGGUGGGUUAUGGAACAGGGCAGAGCAGGCAUGCCAGCUUGAAGCAGUAGCUUGAAGCAGUAGCUCCACUUGGUUUUUUGCAGUAAAAGCUGUGAGCAUCGCCACUCUUCCUUCCCCAGCUUGUAGCAUGAAUGCUUGGCAUACGAAACCUGACUGCAACCCUAGGCAGGCCAUGGAACAGCCACUCGUGUUAAUUUGCGGCAGCAAAUAGAUGCUUGUGAGCCUCUGGAUUGAUCAGAUGUCAGUACAGAUACACAUUUCCCUUGAAAAGUGACAAAUAGUUUCUUCUUUUUGAAUCGGCAUACUGAGACAUAAGGACUCUCUCAACCCCCCUCCCUCCCUCCCUCCCUAAAUCUGCUCCAUAACAGUUUAGGGGGCACACAGGGGGAGGAGGGGGGUCCACGUUGUGCAAUUGGAUGUUCUUCACACAGUGCUAUGUUGGCUACAUCCCAUACACUGUUCCAUCAAUGCCACCACACUAUUAUCUCUUCACAGUGUAGCCUGCAACAGGCCUGUGUUUCUUUGGCAACAUCUGGGCUAAUCCUUUAACUUCUGUACGUGCUGUAGCAACUAUUCUUUUGAAACAAGCCAGUGACCAUAAUGAAGCCUAGAAUAAUCAAAGGGUGCACUUAGCUCCAGUGCUCACUAGCAAAAUGUCUGGUAUGUGAGUGAGAGAGUCAUCAGAACUCAUUACUGUCCUAAUAACACCAGCAUGCCUAGUCAGGCACUUGGAUUGGGAACAAUCAAUUGACCAGGCCAUCAUGGUAGGACCCAAUGCUGGCUAGCAACUCUGACAGACACAAGCGAUUCACACUUGUAAGAUGCAGGUAAGGAGAAUAUAAAGCUGCCUGUGGAUUCUCCCCCCCCCCCAUUUUUUAAAAAAAGAAAAAGCCUAUAAAUAUUGAGAGCUUAUUGCACCAACAUUGGCAAAAGUGACUGCUGAGUCUCAUUUGAUCUGUGUCCAGAAAUGGGGAGUAAGGCUGGUGCGAUAAAAGCGUAAAUCUCCAAACAAGUUCCUUUCUUUUCUGUUUGGGAGAUAAGGUAACCCAUCAACUUUAUCUUAUUUAUAACUAGCCCCAGAUUAAGAUAGACUCAAGUCUACCUCAGUGAUACUUUAUAUCUGAUCAUUUGUGCAAAUAAACUACUAAUAUGGAAGAAA